UAGGGCCUGCAUUCAAAGCCUAAAUGCACUAAAUGCAAGGUACGCGGCAGCUCAAUGAUGUGUAUACAGCGCUGUGGGCGUGGCAGCAUCGUCCAAUUGCCCAACGGGGCGGCAUUGUUAUCGCACGGCCCACUAUCUCCUCCGAAAUCUCCAGCGACACCCAUCAAGCGCGUCCGCAAACACCCCACAAACACUUGGGCUCGGGUCUCGUUCUCGUUUUUGGGUUCACCUCUGGCGUGGUUAUCGCCGAAUAUUAAACCGGUUGCGCUGCCGUCUAAUUGCUCAAACGCAUGUACGCUGUGCCAAGUGGCGGUCGACAGCAAUAGCUCCUCCAUAGCUCCUUCUUAAAUCCAACUCCACCGAAGUAAAUCGGCAAAAGUAAAUAAACAAAGAUGUCGGCAAAGAACGAGAAAGUUGGCAUUGUGGGCAGCGGUCUAAUUGGUCGCUCCUGGUCCAUGCUGUUCGCCUCGGUGGGCUACCAGGUGGUGCUGUACGACAUCCUGCCCGAGCAGGUGUCCACCGCUCUGACUGCCACGCAGAAGGAGCUGCAGGAUCUGGAGGCCAAGGGCCUGCUACGCGGCAAACUGACCGCCGCCCAGCAAUUCGCCUGCAUCUCCGGCACCAACGACCUCAAGGAGCUGGUCAAGGGCGCCAUCUUCGUCCAGGAGUGCAUCCCCGAGCGUCUCGAUCUGAAAAAGGCGCUCUACAAGCAGUUGGACGCCGUCGUCGGACCCAACACCAUCCUCUCCAGCUCCACCAGCACUUUUCUGCCCUCCCUCUUCAGCGCGGAUCUGAAAAACAAGGCCAAUGUUUUGGUCUCGCAUCCCGUCAACCCACCGUACUACGUGCCUCUGGUCGAGAUCGUGCCUGCGCCGUGGACGAAACCGGAAUGGGUGAAGAAGACCCGUGCCCUGAUGGAGGAGAUUGGCCAGAAACCAGUUACGCUGUCGCGGGAGAUCGAGGGCUUCGCCCUCAACCGCAUCCAGUAUGCCAUCCUGAACGAGACAUGGCGUUUGGUCGAGGCCGGCAUCCUGAAUGUCAAGGACAUCGAUAGCGUGAUGAGCAAUGGACUGGGACCGCGCUACGCCUUCCUGGGUCCCCUGGAGACGGCCCAUCUGAAUGCCGAGGGCAUGGCCAACUAUUUCGAACGCUACUCGAACACCAUCUAUGCGGUUAGCGAGACAAUGGGACCGACACCGAAAAUGGAGGGCCCCGUCGCCGUCGAGGUGGCCAAGCAGCUGGGCGAGAUGGUGCCGCUGGAUCAGUUGGCCCAACGCCGCAACUACCGCGACAACUGCCUCACCCAGUUGAGCAUUCUCAAGAACAAGCUCAACCAGUAAACUCAUUAUUAUCUUGCUGCUGCGUUUUUUUUUUUUUGUUUUUUCUUCAUUGUUGUGAUAUGCUAGCGCCACAUACGUUAAAUAUACGGAAAUUGCUUAACUGAU